AAGUAGGCUACUGCCAAAAAUGCAUGCAUUCGCACUGAAGGGAGCUUCAAUACACAAGAUGUGGAGUUUUGCUCUCACCCUGAUAGGUUACUUACUGAAAUUAUCAGGCACAACAAGUGGUACACAAAUCAGGGUGGUCAACGGGAACAACGGCUGCUCUGGUAGAGUUGAGGUCUACCAUAAUGGUGAAUGGGGAACCGUUUGUGAUGACUCCUGGGGCCUAGAUGAUGCUCGAGUUGUGUGCAGGCAGCUGGGGUGUGGAAGAGCAGUCUCUGCCCCUGUGGGUGCCUACUUUGGUCAGGGAAGUGGGAAGACUUGGCUGGAUGAUGUUAGGUGCUCUGGUAGUGAGAGCUCUAUAACCGAGUGCAGACACAGGGGGUUUGGAGUAGAAGAUUGCAGUGCCAUUGAAGAUGCAGGUGUAGUGUGUUCAGGUGAUGUACCUGUGCUAAGGGUAGUCAAUGGGGACAAUGGCUGCUCUGGUAGAGUUGAGGUCUACCAUAAUGGUGAAUGGGGAACAGUGUGUGAUGAUUCUUGGGACCUGAGAGAUGCUGACGUGGUAUGCAAGCAGCUGGGGUGUGAAAAAGCGGUCUUUGCCCCUGGGAAUGCCUACUUUGGUCAAGGAAGUGGGAAGACUUGGCUGGAUGGUGUCCGUUGCUCUGGUACAGAGAGCUCUAUAACAGGGUGCCCGCACAAUGGGUUUGGAGUAGAAGAUUGCAGUCCCAGUGAAGAUGCAGCUGUGGUGUGUUCAGUUGGUUCCAACAUCAGGCUUGCCAAUAGCAGUGGCUACUGCUCUGGCAGAGUGGAAGUCUACCAUAAUGGUGCAUGGGGAACAGUGUGUGAUGAUUCCUGGGGCCUAGACGAUGCUCAAGUUGUGUGCAAGCAGCUGGGGUGUGGAAAAGCAGCCCUUGCCCCUGGGAAUGCCUACUUUGGUCAGGGAAGUGGGGAGACCUGGCUGGAUAAUGUUGGGUGCUCUGGUACAGAGAGCUCUAUAACGGAGUGCUCACACAAUGGGUUUGGAGUAGAAGAUUGCAAGCCCAAUGAAGAUGCAGGUGUGGUGUGUGUAGGAAUUAUGAAGACACCAACUCUUACCCUCCAUACCACAAACACAGCUGUUUUACCUGGGGAGUCAGCAGAGUUCAGAUGUGCCAUAACGUCCCAUAGGCCGAUGACUGCAAACUUCCGACUGUAUAGAAAUGAAAUAUCUACACAGACUGAGACAGCAGAUAAGCAGACAAUCACUUUCAGUCUUCCUAGUUUAUCUUCUUCACACCAAGGCAGCUACACGUGUGAUUACUAUUACCAGAGUACACUCACUGCCAGCUCCAAGAGCAAUGCGAUCACAAUUACAGUUGUGAACCUGCAUCGACCUCGUAUCAACUGCACUGCUGCAGAUGGAGGGCUCUCUUGGGGUCCUCAGGGGCCAGAGAUCACUAAGGGCCACAACUUCUCCAUCGCCUGUUCCACCCAACCACAGUACCCUGGUGGAGUUUUCCAUCUGAGUUUCUCCGGAUCCAACCGCACCAUGUCUCAGCCUGCCAUCAACCACUCCACUUCCUUCUAUUUUCCAGCUGCAGAUUAUUCCCACCAGGGUAACUACAGCUGUGUGUAUCAGGUGGAUUUAUCGUCUCGUCAGUUCUACUCCACAGAGACAGACAGGCUAACUGUCACCAUCAGAGAGUUUAUGGUCCCAUUCAUUGCUGCUGGAGUGACUGGUGGUGUAGUUUUACUUCUGAUCUUUGCCUUGGUGUGCAUCUUUUUGGCUAAGAAGGGACAGAGCAAAACAAAGGAAGCAUCUUGGAAGUACACUAAAGGAAAGACAAAAAUGAACACCUAUGGGAGCAGUAAAUCAAAACAGAAUGAAGACAAGACAGGUGAAGAAGAUGAAGAGAUUUACCUAGAUCCGAACACAGAAGAGGAUGACUAUGAAAAUGUAGAAAUGGAAGACCAGGAUGACUAUGAAAAUGUAGAAGUGGAAGAUCAAGAUGUCCAUGAACAAGGAGAAGUGGAAGACCAGGAUGAUUAUGAAAAUGCAGAGGACUACAUGGGUGUGGAGGAACUUGAUACAGGAUGUCAGGAUGAGGACAUUUAUGCUAACUGUUAACAUUAAAUGAUAUUUGACUUUAUGUGUGGAUAUCGGUGUGCUUAGAGGCGUUCUCCUAGUGGCAAACAUAACAACAAUUAGCUAGUUGCACCUGGAAAAAUGUCAGUUAAAUAAAUGUAAUGUCCUUUGAAAUGUUUUCAGGUAUUCUAUUUUUCAAGUUUAAUAUUAUAUUUUAUUAAGAUUUUUCUUAUUUUGAAGACAUCACACAGCCCCACAUAUUUAUUUCUUAUCAAAAACGUACACGAUGCCAUGUUUGAUGCACUUUGAGAUAAAGCUGUAGGCAAUACUUAAACUUUUGGGUAAACGUGUGGUGAUAAUAUAAUAUUUAAAAUGGUAUACUGAAUGUUGUAUUCAACUUUUUGUUCAAGUUUUACAUUUCUAGAAUGGAGAAUGUAUGGAUUUAUGUACACUCUUAAAAGGAAUGUGUUGUCACUAUCUGGACACAGAGAUGUGUUAAAAACAACACAAGUUGUGUUGUUUUCAACACAUUUGUUUUAAGAGUGUACAUUUAUUUUGUGUGUGCAAGCAUAUAUAUUUAACAUAUUAUCAUACAAUCCAUUUGCACCAGUGCUUUUUGAGCCUAUAUUUAAGUAACUUCUUUUUUACAGGGUAAUGUCAGCCAAUGUUUAUUUUUUCUGUUGAAAUCCUUGUGGUUAUCACACCAUCCCUCUCCUCUGCUGCAAUCAACAUGUUCUAUAACAUUUAACUUAACAUUAUACAAAUGUAUUUGCAUUAGUUUCCAUAUCUUAAACGCUUAAGCUGAAAUAAACAGUUUUCAGAUA